GAGGAGAUUCUCAUUCGAGCCGAGGAUGAUGUUCGUUUUUCAUCCCCCAUGGAAGGUAGACCGAUCAUUGGUGGCGCCUGUGCGCAACAUGAUAAACGUUCGACUGCAGUGAAGAUUCAAGAUGGUUAUGUCCUUUCGAACAGCGUGGCAAAGCACCUACUCGCGCAAGCCUUCCCCGAUUGUCAGGAGAAACAGCUACAGGGGCACGUUGAGGAUGCCUCGGUGGUGCGGAAAAUGGGUGCUGCCGCUGGUUACGGCGAAAUUCCCUUCGCCUCCGCCGCAAAGCUACUCCGCCGGCUCGAGUUGACAAAAGAAGAUACGUUUUUCGAUUUGGGCAGUGGGGUAGGAAAAUUCUGUCUUCAGGCAUUCCUGGCACAGAAGGUCGGAUCUAUUGUCGGCGUCGAGAUGGGGCCAACGCGACAUGGCGCUGCAAUCGCCGGACGCCAGGCACUUGCAGAGUUGCUCUCUUCACUCGAUGCGCAGCUGGAUGCCGGUUUUUGUGCUGGUGGGGUACAGGUGCUCGGUGGACGACCUUCAACCAAUUCCAAUUUUUUGCAGCAAAAAGGUCUCGGAGCAGACCAUUGUCGUCGGUCCGCUGCCAUGCAGUCCCAAAAACUUUGACUUCGACGUUGCCCUGAUAGACGGCAGAUGGACUGUCGUAAUGCCACACGCGGAUCCCCAAGCUCCGUGUCGUAAAAUCGCGACAAGACCAGAGGCAGGGUCGGCAAAAUCAUCGACUUGUUUCGCAAUGGACAGCAAUCACGCAGCUGAAUGCGCGACAAAACCAAAAGACGUCGAGGCGGAACAGCGUACGUCCCUUUGGCAGCGGCAGAACUCAUACGUGUUUCGCCGAAUGAGUCGCAGGCUGCUGAGUGGCGGCGUCGACUUUCGAUGUGUCGACAUGCAUU